AUGUCUAAUAUCGUUGGUAUUGAAUAUAACCGUGUUACAAAUACUACUUCCACAGACUUCCCAGGCUAUUCUAAAGACGGUGAAAACGCUUGGGAUGUCGAAAAGUUCAAGGAAACUUUUGACAUCAAAAUUUCUAAUUUAGACGAAAGAGAUGCAACUUUUGAUUUAAUUAAUAUUGAUACUUCUAUUGCUAACGCUUUCCGUCGUAUUAUGAUGGCCGAAGUUCCAGCAGUGGCUGCAGAACAUGUAUACUUCCUAAACAACACAUCAGUUAUUCAAGAUGAAGUUUUAGCUCAUAGAAUUGGUUUAGUUCCACUAAAAGUGGACCCUGAUAUGCUAACUUGGGUUGAUCAAACAUUGCCUGAAGAAGAGAGAUUUACUGAUGAAAAUACUAUUGUCUUGUCUUUAAAUGUUAAAUGUACGAAAAAUGACAAAGCCCCAAAGGACUGUACCGAUCCAAAAAUUUUAUAUAAUAAUGCUCAUGUCUAUGCUCGUGAUUUAAAAUUUGAACCACAAGGUAAACAGGUUGAAACAUUUGCAAAUUGUCCUGUCGUUCCAACUGAUCCAGAUAUUUUAUUAGCUAAAUUGAGACCAGGCCAAGAAAUCUCCUUGAGAGCUCAUUGUAUAUUAGGUAUUGGUAGUGAUCAUGCUAAGUUUUCCCCGGUCGCUACUGCUUCCUAUAGAUUAUUACCACAUAUCAACAUUACAGAGCCAAUAAGAGGCAAGGAUGCAGAAAAAUUCCAAAAAUGUUUUACACCAGGCGUUAUUGGCAUCAAAGAUGGUGAAGCUUAUGUUAAAGAUGCUAGAAUGGAUACAGUAUCGAGAGAGGUCUUCAGACAUCAAGAAUUUGCAGAUAAGGUUAAGCUAGGUAGAGUUAGAGAUCAUUUUGUCUUUAAUGUAGAAAGUACUGGUGCUAUGCCACCUGAAGAAAUCUUCUUUAAGUCUGUCAGAAUCCUGAAGAACAAAGCUCAAUAUUUAAAGGAAUGUACCAUAAGUGAAUAA